UUCUCCUCUCCAUUUACACAACACUUAAUGAAAAUUAAUGAAAAGAGAGAGCCUACUUCUAACGUUAUUUCUCCUUUUCUUGUUUCUUUCAAAUAUUAAACAUCUAUUCAUUUCGGUUGAGAUGGAAUACAUCACAGAGCUCUCUUUCAAUGGACAGAAAACCGAAGAUAACCCUUUGACACUCUUUGGUUCGACUGUCAUUAACAAUCAACAAAACCAAAUACCUCAAGAGUUUGUAUGGCCGGAGGAUAAGAAACCCUCUGCUAACGUUCCGAUUCUCCAGAUCCCCCUCAUCGACCUCGCCGGUGUCCUCUCCGGCGACCAGUUCUUGGUCUCGGAGGCAACAAGACUCGUGGCAGAAGGGGCAAAACAACAUGGUUUCUUCCUGGUCACCAACCAUGGAGUCGAUGAGGGACUCAUGUCUAGUGCAUGUACACUAAUGGACAGUUUCUUUAAGUCACCGACUUGUGAGAAACAAAAGGCUCAGAGGAACCAUGACGAAAGCUGGGGUUACACUAGUAGCUUUGUAGGAAAAUUCAAGAAGAAUCUCCCCUGGAAGGAAAUGCUGUCGUUUAGGUUCUCCCCACAGGAAAAGAGCGAGAAUCAUUCCCAAAUCGUUAAAGACUUCAUUAUUAAGAAAAUGGGAUACGGAUACAACGAUUUUGGGAGUGUUUAUCAAGAAUACGCGCAGGCCAUGAGCAAUCUCUCACUAAGGAUCAUGGAGCUUCUUGCAAUGAGUCUUGGAAUCAAAAGGAGCCAUUUUGUAGAGUUUUUCGAAGACAACGAAUCCAUAUUGAGAUUGAAUUACUACCCAAAGUGCAAGCAACCGUAUGAUGUAUUAGGGUCAGGACCACAUUGCGAUCCAACCUCUCUAACCAUACUUCAACAAGACAACAGUGGUCUUCAAGUUUUCGUGGACAACCAGUGGCAAUCAAUCCCUUAUAACCCCCAAGCGUUGGUGGUUAACAUUGGCGACACUUUCAGGGCUCUAACCAACGGAAGAUACAAGAGUUGCUUGCAUCGAGCGGUAGUAAAUAGCCAAACCGAAAGAAAGACACUCGUAUUUUUCCUAUCUCCGCGAAUGGACAAAGUGGUGAAGCCACCAGAAGAAUUAGAAGGCGAAAGAGCGUAUCCUGAUUUUACAUGGUCUUUGCUUCAUGAGUUCGUAAUGAAACAUUAUAGAACAGACGAGAACACGCUAAAAGAGUUCACAAAAUGGCUCAAGACCAGAAGAAUUUUCUUAUGAAGAAUCGUGGCAAUUAAAAAAGAAAAGUUGAAGCGUUGAAAGUGACCUUAUAUGUUUUUUUUUGUAUAAAGAUGUUAGACAUUCUCGUAUGGUUGUUUUUAUUAUCUAUGAUAAUAAAGUUAGUUUACGAUCUCUCCUUAUGCUACCACAUCAUUUGGGAGAAUGGGACAAAACAUGUCAUGUGUAUUCCUAAUUUUUGUAGCUAAAGUUAUACUCUCUAAUUGGGCUUUUUAUUGUUUUGUUUGGACUGUAACUUUAAGUCUCGAGCAUUAUGUUUAGAACUAACUUUUUAGAGUAGGAUUAUCGCUCGCUUUUAAAUGGUUUUUUUAACCUAAUUAGAUAUUAAAAAAAUGAAAAAUAGAAAUAAAUCUAAGACACGUCUCUUAAUUAAGAGAAAGAAGAAACAUAUCUUAUGCGACAGGUGUCAAAAUAUUAGUGGGUAUAGGAGAGAUGUGAGUUUCUUUCGUUCUUUGUUCUUAGUCGUCGUCCUCCUCCAUCUGCCCUGUGAUCUCUCGCUCUCUCUCCCUCAGAUUUUCUUAUCUUGUCGAUUACUUUCCCUGAGGAAGACUUUCUUCUGCUUUGUCCGGCUCAUUCUUCAGUCAAAUUCCCAAACUAGAAGUCGAGACCUCAUAAUUGUCUACCAGAAACACCUUGUUCUGUGUGGAUCAGCACUCACUCAAGAUGAUAAGAUAAAAGCGUUAUUAUCUCAUAAGGGUUAUGGUCGAGCUUUGGAGAUGAGAGGAUCAUUGGGUUCUUGAUCAAGUUUAUUGUUUCUUUGGAGUUUGCUCUUGAUCAAGAUAACAGGAGAGGUUGAGGCUAUAUCUCAUGUCAAAGGGAUGGAAGUGAAGAAGGAAGGUCCCAAGGAACUCGGUACAUGCCCAGCAGUUUCAGAAGCAACAAGGAAACUCAACUGCUAUUCUCACCAGAUCCUGCAAGUUUGGAGCGUUCAAUCCGCAAAGAAGCGCGCUCUUUAUCGAUCGACAACAACACUUGUUCGUCGCUCGAUUUUCGUCAACCACCGUCGACCCAGGCACUAAUCCCGUCGACCGACACUCGCUCACCACCGUCGACCGAAGACACUCAUCUUCCGUCGACCGAUAUCUUCCAUCCGACAUCGAUCGAUACUUCAGUCUGAACAUCGAUCGAUACUGAGCCACGAGACAUGGUUGCGACUUUGAUCGUUGUACGUGAUGAGAGUGGAGACCUGUAUGACCAGGAGGGUCAUCUGCGUAAUGCAACAGGUCAAAUGAUAAAUGUUCACGGGGCUGCAAUCCCGGAGACCGAUACUGAAGGUACAGGAGCUGCUCCACCUGUAGAUGAGGCUGCUCGACCCAGAACAUUGGCUGACUACAACCGUCCAGAUCAGUUCUACACCAACAGAUCAACCAUUCGUCCUCCAACUAUUCAGAGGGAUUUCGAGUUGAAGCCGCAGUACUACGCAUUGGUGGGACAUACACCCUACUAUGGGUUAUCUCACGAGCAUCAUAUGGACCAUCUGGAGAGGUUCGAGGAUCUCAUAUCUGCUAUUAAAGUCGAGGGAGUCUCUGAAGACUACCUCCUAUGCAAGCUCUUCAAGUACUCACUUGCUGGAGAUGCUUCGCAUUGGCUUAAGCAGUUACCACCUAGACCUCUCACAUCCUGGAGAGACAUCAAGUACUCACUUGCUGGAGAUGCUUCGCAUUGGCUUAUGCAACUUCUUUGAUGAAGCGCGUGCUGAAAACUUGAGGAGCAAGAUUGCUACAUUCACUCAGGAGCCUGCAGAAUCAUUCAGAAGCUCCUGGAUCAGACUCAAGUCUUAUCAGAGAGACUGUCUACACCAUGGAUUCAAUGAAGUACAACUACUCAGUACUUUCUACAGAAGCAUCACGGUGCAAUACCAGAUGGCUCUUUGAUAUGAUCAUGGACCAGCCAAACAAAGAAGAUAAUGAGAGCAUGGAUGAUCCAGCUGAUGGAGGAGCUCUAGUCAUAUCUGAAGGUCCUAUGACUCGAGCCAGAAGCAAGCAACUCAAAGAAGCCAUUGGAGGGUUACUUAAGACAUCACUGAAGCAAGAAGAGAGUCUUGGAAGAAGCUUGAUCAACCAAGACACACUUGCCACAAUUCAAGCCAUCUCAGCUCCAAGAUAUACAUCAAAUGAGCAAGUAACAUAUGUGUGCUCUUUUUCCCUAUCUUUGGUUUUGUCCCACUGGGUUUUCCAAAGAUAGGUUUUUAAUGAGGCCAUAUGUUGCUUUCCUAUCACUCAUUUGAUGAUCUCAGUUCAAGACUUUAUUUGAAUUAUUUAUCUUUGUUGACAUGAAGUAGAAUUAGGCUGCUAGACUUGAGAAUUAAGCUGCCAGACUUGAAAACCCUUAUAAGGUUUUAUAAGGUUUAUUUUUAAGACCCAUUUAGAGACCAAGGAGUCUGUUCCUUGCCUUCUCUAUAAAUAUGUGUCUGAAAACCCUAAUAGAACUAUCCAAUCUUUUAUUUUUUUAGACUCUUGUCUCUCUCUGACGGCUGCAAGUCUUCUUGUAGAUCUGAGUGUUCUUGAGUCUUUGUUAGUGUGUCAUAUCUAACAAAACCACAAGAGUGUUUGUCUUGGUGUGUCAUAUCCAAGGGAUUCACUUAGGAGUAUCAAGGAGACCUCUCACAUCUCUUUGUGUCACCAUUCAUUCCACAAACCUUGAAGCAGAUUGAGUCUUUGAUUCUCUGUUUGCAAGGAUCUAUCCCAUUCCAACCAGAGAAGCAUCCUAGGAGUGUAUUAUGUGGUAUCAGAGCAAAUCUCUGGAAGGAAGUUUCUAAACUCUCUAUUUCUAUUUUCAAUUUCGAAAUUUUCUUAUGAACCCUAGAUCUGAAAAAAAAAAAAAUUGAAAUUGUUUAGAUCUGUUCUGAUUGGGUUUGUGGUCGAAAUUCUCUGUCUAGAUUUGAAUCUGAUUCGAUUUGGGCUUGAAUAGGUUGAGUUUCUCUUGAUCUGUUUGAGUUUUUGGUCAAUCUGUUCUAGAUCUAAUCUCAGGUGGAGUAUCUGAUUAUUGUCUGAUUUAGGGCUUGUUAUUUUCAAUCUUAGUUCAAUAUUGAUAGAUCUGUUGUUCUGUGCUUUGAAUGUGAUAAAUCUGAGAAUUUUUAUUCUAGAUCUGUGCUGAAUCGGUUUCAUCUCUUGUUUGUUUUCCUUAUUUAAUUUUGAUUUCGAACUACUUACUGGCUUAGUCUUUCUCUUGUCUCAGGUACCAUGGCAGGAGAUCAAAAAGGAGAACUCACUAAGGAUGAAAAGCUUUUACUUAAGGCUAUGAGUGCUCAGAUGCAGGAGAAGAUGAAAGCCAGCCUUGAUAAAUUCCGGCUUGAGUUGAGACAGGAACUCCAACAAGCUACUGGUCAGAGUUUUGAGUCUAGAAGCAGUGAGAGGAGACAAAGACGUGGGCAUGAAGGCCAAAGCAAUCACAAAGAUAAAUUGGCUGAUCAAAAGCUAAAAAUCCCUCCUUUCUAUGGUGAUGCCGACCCUGCUGCAUACGUGGAGUGGGAAGAGAAGAUGGAGUUGAUUUUUAACUGUCAACACUCUGCUGAAAGAAAGAAGGUUCAAAUGGCUACUGCUGAGUUUUAUGGUUAUGCUUCAAGCUGGUGGAAUCAAUUGGUGUCGUCUAGGAGACACUAUGGAAAAGAACCAGUUACAACCUGGCUUAAAUUAAGGGCUUUGAUGCGUCAUAAGUAUGUUCCAAGACACUACCACAAGGAAGUACUUCAAAAACAGUCUGAAACAAAGCCAUGCUGUGCAAACUCAGUUCAGAAACAACAAGUCAGUAUGAGAUCAAUUCCAGCCAGUGUUAUUGGUUUACCUAGCAAGACAACAAGCUGGUUAAGUGAGGAGGACAUAAAGAAGCUGUCUCAAGUGGUGAUGGAUGUGGAAAAGCAACUCAAAAGGACCAACACAGCACAUCCAUCCAUUGAAACACAGCACCAAGAACCAGUUACUACUGUCUCAGAACUCAAAAAUGUAGAACCAGAGUCAGCUGCACCAAUUCAAGAAGUCCAAACCGAAACAUCUAUGGAGAAGGAAAAUUCCGAGACAGGACAAGAGUGUUCUCUUUUCUUACCUCAGUCUGAAUUUAAUUUUAAUAAUUCCUUUGAUGAACUAACUUGUCUUGAACCGGUGCAACCGAGUAGCAUUGUUUCAGUGUCACAGGUUACAAAAGAAGAUUCAGCAGAAAGAGAACCAGAGCAAUCAACACACGGAGAAAAGUUAGAACAGCCGAACAGCUUGCAGUCAAAUACAACUCAUGAAUCCUUGUCUUAUGACCUGCAAAAGCACUGUAAGGAGUUUAAUAUGGUUACUUCUGUGCCUGAAAUGUUUCUUAUGGUUAGUACUCAUGAUGUGAAACGUUUUGGUCUUGACAAAGUUAAAGAUUUUUGUGUUUCAAACUCUGUUUAUGACAGCAUGCUUAAAUCUUUUAAAGAACUUGAACCAGAUAAACUUUUUGAUCAAAUUUUUUUUCAAUAUGGUGAUAAAAACUUUUCUGGUCAUGUUUUGAGUUUUGAACAAUUUAUGAAUCACCAUGAAAAGAUUUAAGAACCUGUUUUCAAGCCAACCGAGUUCUAUUUUAGAAAACCUUUUGAUUUGUUUGCUAGAACUGAAGAAAAUAGUUUUGUUGUGAACUUUCCUAGGCAUGAACUGAUCUCUGAUUAUUUUCUUGCAUCCACAUAUGUUUUGAAAGAACCUAGGAAGUUGCAUGAACCGAAAUUGCAUCAUUCUGAUGUUACGGUUGAAAUUGUGAAGUUUGCAAAUAUCUCUGAGUUUGAGCUUGACUGUUUGUGUGCUAAAAAUGAUUCUAAACGUGUAGGGUUGUUCUUUGAGGAUAUUCUAGUGUAUAACACUUUCUUUGAAAAACCUGUUCCACAAUUGAAACUAGAGUUCACUGAUUCUGAAUGUAUGAACUUAAUCCUUGAUGAUAUUUGGGUCUGCAAUAUUUUCUUUGAUAUGCAUGAUAGAUGGAGGAGUCAUACUGUUUUGUGCUUUGGAGACAUUCUGGUCUACAACACUUUCUUUGACAUGAUAACACACUUGUCUUGUCCAAAACAAGCUGAAAAAGGUACAGGUGAAGAAAGGGGCUAUAAUGAUCCGAGUAUCAAUGAUGAGUCCUUGGCUAAGUUGGAGAUGCAACAAUCAAAUCUUGGAAACUGUCUAGCCGCCAGCUUUGACAUAGGAGCAGUCCGAGGAUCAUAUCUCAGCAACCAAAAGGAAUUAAGCAACAAACUUGACUGCAACAGAAACUUAACUCAUCUGGGUCUCACGUCGAAUUGGAAUCAUGUCCAAAGCUUCUCAGGUGAAAUAGUUAUGAGUUUUAGAAGUCGGGUGAUCCUGUGUUUGCUUUGUUUGAAAUUUUCUGAGUUUAGAAUAUCUCAAUUCUAUCUAUGGCGACCAGGUGAGUAUGUUAAUGUAAGUGAUCAUGUUUUCAAGAAUUCUUUUAUCACUAAUUAUACAGAUAUGAUGCACUUGUUUUUGUCAAAAGAGCCAUGUGCAGAUUUUAAGAGAGCUUGGAAGCAUAUAAGAAGAAACUACAAAAAUGAGGAAGAUAAGAGAUUCAAACCACCUGAUCUAGACCAGGAUAACCACCAAGACGUCCCUGGCUUUAUCAUCAUCAAAGAAGCACCUCGAGAUGCAGCCUACAAUCCAAAACCGAGCAGAAACAAAUUUGGGAUAAGACUCUUACUUUAUGACAACUUCGCAUGUGCUAACUUGUUUUGUUUUAGUGUGUGUGAAUCGGGUUUGGGGAAUGCAUCAGGAGUAUGGAGAGCCCAACGUAUCAGUUCCUUCUACCAAACAAAUCCAGUCAGCAACAAUGCCUAUCAAAGAGGCUUGCAAGGUAAGUGUAAUCUGAUUAUCAACGUUAAUGUUACUGACUUGGCUCAUUUUGUUGCAGAUGAGCUAGAUUUGAGGACAAAUCCUUUUCAAGAGGGAGGGGAUGAUAUGAUCAUGGACCAGCCAAACAAAGAAGAUAAUGAGAGCAUGGAUGAUCCAGCUGAUGGAGGAGCUCUAGUCAUAUCUGAAGGUCCUAUGACUCGAGCCAGAAGCAAGCAACUCAAAGAAGCCAUUGGAGGAUUACUUAAGACAUCACUGAAACAAGAAGAGAGUCUUGGAAGAAGCUUGAUCAACCAAGACACACUUGCCACAAUUCAAGCCAUCUCAGCUCCAAGAUAUACAUCAAAUGAGCAAGUAACAUAUGUGUGCUCUUUUUACCUAUCUUUGGUUUUGUCCCACUGGGUUUCCAAAGAUAGGUUUUUAAUGAGGCCAUAUGUUGCUUUCCUAUCACUCAUUUGAUGAUCUCAGUUCAAGACUUUAUUUUAAUUAUUUAUCUUUGUUGACAUGAAGUAGAAUUAGGCUGCUAGACUUGAGAAUUAAGCUGCCAGACUUGAGAAUUAAGCUGCCAGACUUGAAAACCCUUAUAAGGUUUUAUAAGGUUUUAUAAGGUUUAUUUUUAAGGCCCAUUUAGAGACCAAGGAGCCUGUUCCUUGCCUUCUCUAUAAAUAUGUAUCUGAAAACCCUAAUAGAACUAUCCAAUCUUUUAUUUUCAGACU